ACAAUUGGUGCUUGGAUUGGGGAUCCAACCUUGGUCACGGAGUUUCAUGCUGAUCAUCAGUGUGCAGAGUGGCAUCCGCCAGGGUUCCACAACUCCCACCCAAUUUGCCUGUUCUUGCGUGUAAAGCACAACCCCAAUCCAUGAUGCUGCUCUUUUGUCAUAUUGGAUGAAAUUAAAUUAAAUACUCAUCGAAUAUAUUUCACCAUUCUUUUCAUGUCCACAACUCGAAGCACUGAAAACAGUGGUGACCGGAGACUGAGAAAGGGAGAAAAAUGUGGCGAAGGGGUUUUAGCAGCAGCGCCGGCUGCAGUAACGCAUUGAAGGAGAAGAAAUGGGACGCGCUGGUAAUCGGUGCCGGCCACAACGGCCUAACCGCCGGCGCAUACCUGGCUCGCGCUGGUCUCUCUGUUGCUGUUCUCGAACGUCGCCACAUCAUAGGCGGCGCGGCAGUCACAGAAGAAAUUAUCCCUGGCUUUAAGUUCUCCCGAUGCAGCUACCUCCAGAGCCUCCUCCGCCCUUCCGUCAUCAAGGAAUUAGAGUUAGCAAGACAUGGAUUAAAGUUGUUGAAGAGGAAUCCUUCAUCCUUCACGCCUUGUGUUGAUGGGCGGUAUCUUCUCUUAGGCCCUGAUACGGACCUUAAUUAUUCUGAAAUUUCAAAGUUCUCCAAACGAGAUGCUGAUGCCUAUCCAAGAUAUGAGAAUCAGCUAGAGAACUUCUGUAAACUCAUGGAUCCGCUUUUGGAUUCACCUCCUCCUGAAACCAUGCAAGGGCUUUCAUCAUUGAAUGACCGCAUCAAGAAUAAUGUACGCAAAUCAGUUUUUUGGGCUCAUUGUCUGCGUUCGGCACUCUCAUUGGGACAAAAGGAUUUGGUGGACUUCAUGGACCUUUUAUUGGCCCCUGCAUCAAAAGUUUUGAAUAACUGGUUUGAGACUGAUGUCCUGAAGGCAACACUUGCAACAGAUGCUGUGAUUGGAAGUACAGGAAGUGUCCACACACCUGGGAGUGGAUAUGUUCUGCUACAUCAUGUGAUGGGAGAAACCGAUGGUGAUCGUGGUAUUUGGUCGUAUGUUGAAGGUGGUAUGGGCUCAGUAUCCUUGGCUAUUAGCAAGGCUGCUAAAGAAGCUGGGGCUCAUGUUGUAACAAGUGCAGAGGUUUCACAGUUGAUGAUUGAGGACUCGGGCAGAGUAAAUGGGGUAUUGCUGGCUGAUGGGACACGGGUGCAUUCUUCAGUUGUUUUGUCAAAUGCAACCCCUUAUAAGACUUUCAUGGAAUUUGUACCUGAAAAUGUCCUUCCUGAUGAUUUUCUCCGUGCUAUUAAGUACUCUGACUACAGCUCUGGAACUACCAAAAUGAACUUAGCUGUUGAUACAUUGCCUCAAUUUCAGUGUUGUAAAUUGAGCCACCCUGAUGCAGGUCCUCAACAUGUGGGUACCAUUCACAUUGGUUCUGAGAGUAUGGAGGAGAUUGACUCAGCUAGUCAAGAUGCUACGAAUGGCAUACCAUCACAGAGACCAAUUAUCGAGAUGACAAUUCCUUCUGUAUUGGACAAGACUAUUUCUCCACCUGGUCAGCAUGUGAUCAACUUAUUUAUUCAAUACACACCCUAUAAACCUUUGGAUGGCAGCUGGGAAGAUCCUGCAUAUAGAGAAUUAUUUGCACAGAGAUGUUUCAACUUGAUCGAUGAAUAUGCCCCUGGUUUCAGCUCAACAAUACUUGGCUAUGACAUGCUGACUCCACCAGACCUUGAAAGGGAAAUUGGUCUCACAGGAGGGAAUAUCUUUCAUGGUGCCAUGGGGUUGGAUUCUCUCUUCCUCAUGCGACCUGUAAAAGGAUGGUCAAACUACAGGACUCCACUGCAGGGGCUUUAUUUGUGCGGGAGUGGGGCUCAUCCUGGGGGUGGUGUGAUGGGUGCCCCUGGUCGUAAUGCCGCGUCUGUGGUACUUGAAGAUGUUAAGAAAUCAUUCAACUGAUAAUGCUCAUUACCUAAAGAUAUCAUUGAUAUAAUAAAAUUGGGAUCACCUUCUCAGGCCCCCCUUUUAUCUCU